CCCCCUUCUCGGCCCCUCCCCUCCCUCUGACCCCGCCCCUCGUGAUGUCGUCAGUGGCGGCAUCGUCAUCAUGGCCUUCUCUCCCGUGGCGGCCGUGGGGCCGCGCGACUCGCUGGGCGCCUUCAUCUGCCCCAUCUGCCUCGAGGUGUUCACGGCGCCGUGGGACACGGGCUGCGGGCACACGUUCUGCGAGGCGUGCCUGCACCGCUGCCUGUCCACACAGCAGCCCCAGUGCGCCGUCUGCCGUUCCCCACUGGCCGCCAGGGAUGCGAGGCGCAACGAGGCCGUGGAACGCACCAUGGCUGAGAUGCUGGCGCCGUGCUCGGCCUGCUCGGAAAAGGUGCGCGUGUCCGACUUCCGAGCUCACACGUCCACCUGUGCACAAGCCCAGAAGGCGCAGAUUGCAUUCCAGACGCCCACCACGACUGCUGCCAGGUACGGCCGACGCUGCCGCUCCCCUCAGAGCCUAGGCCCCAACCGUUUCACGUUCAUGUGCCCGUACUGUGGCACCCGCAACCUCGACCAGGACGACCUCCUGCGGCACUGCAUGGAGCGGCACCACUCGGACCGCACGCGCGUGGUGUGUCCAGUGUGCGCAUCAAUGCCAUGGGGCGACCCCAACUACUGCAGCUCAAACUUCAUCCAGCACCUCACGCACAGGCACCGCUUCUCCUACGACACCUACGUGGAUUACCAGGCGGACGACGAUUCCACCCUACAGGAAGUGCUGCAGCGCUCCCUCCAGGAAAAAAUUAAGCGAGUGGACAAUGUCGCGUGAACUCCGCGAUCUUGAUGCGGCGGGGCGGAGAAGGAUGUUGGACGGCGUUCGGGUGGCGUCGGCAUCGAAGAUCGGCGCCCGUCUUGUCCGUGGCAAUUCCCAGCAGGGUGGGAGCCCGUGGUGCCGUGACAACACUACGGACCGGCACUUCCACACCGCCCUCCGUCCUUCCGUCAGUCCACUCAGUUGCCGACGAAGUUUGCUUUACAAUGGGCUGGCAUAAAAAAAAAAGACAGCAAGCAGAAAAAAAAUCAUGAUUGCAAUGGUUUUAAAUGCAGCAAAAAAAAUAUAGCUUUGUUGGGGUUAAAAUAUAUAUUUAUAUAUUUUUCUGUUCUGAACAAAAUAAUUGGCGGCAAUUCUUGUUGGAAAGGUAUAAUGUACCCCAGUCGACCCCAUACCUCUCCCCCAAACCCCUUUUCCCCCCUCCCACCAUCCCCUAAUUGCGGCUGUCAAUCUCGUUAAUCGUUUGUAAGUCUGGCUGUGACGCAAAUGUCUGAAAGGCUGCUGCACUUCCAGCGUUUUCGUUUUUUCGCUUCUCAAAUUGUUUGCGGACGGGUGUUUUGUCUGUGAGAUCACUCAGCAAUAAUUAAAGGACGUAACCCCGAAGGCUUCCCA